UAGUGAAGUUACUUUACUACUACUUAGAAUGGCUCGUAGAAUGGCGAAUGCUCCCUCGCUUCUUCUUGUUGUCACUUUGUUAAUACUUGUUAACAACUACUGUGAAGGCCUCCUUUAUCCAAAGGACUCCUCUUCCAGACUUGUUAAAGACCUGGAUGGGAUAUGGCACUUUAGAAUAGACAGGUCAGAACUGAGGGAUGAAGGAUUUAAAGAGAAGUGGUAUUCCCAGGCUUUGCAAUCAACAGGAAAGACUAUUUUAAUGCCAGUCCCUGCCAGUUUCAAUGACAUUACUCAAGAUCCUAGCAUAAGAGACUACGUUGGUUGGGCUUGGUAUGACAGGAACUUUUGGGUACCCGAUUCUUGGUUAGACGGGAAAACCCGCGUAGUGUUACGAUUCGGGGGUGCUCACUACUACACGAUAGUGUGGGUCAAUGGUAAUGAAGUGAUGACACAUGAUGGAGGUCACUUACCAUUUGAAGCUGAUAUUGCUGGACUCUUGGAUAAAGGACAACCAAACAGAGUGACUGUUGCUGUUAACAAUACACUUGAUGCUCAUACUCUGCCCCCAGCUGCAAUUACAUUUCAUGACAACCCUCGUUAUUCUUAUCCUUACUACUCAUACGAUGGGCAAUUUGAUUUCUUUAAUUAUGCUGGUAUUCAUCGUUCAGUAAAACUCUAUACCACUCCCAAGGCAUAUAUAUCUGAUAUCAGUGUUGUUACUGAACUGGAGGAAGAUGGGAGUGCUAGCGUUGCAUAUACAGUAAUGGUAGGAGGAGUAGAAGGAAAUAAUGAAGCAACUUAUGAAGUCAGUCUAUCAGGAGUGAAGGAUUCAGGAACUGUAACUGAUGGACUUGCUAAAGGUACUCUUAAGAUUACUGAUCCUACCCUAUGGUGGCCUUGGACUCUUAGCUCUACUCCUGGAGCUAUGCAAUCAUUCCAAGUACAGAUCACUACUGGUGGUCUUACUGAUGUUUAUAGACAAUCUGUUGGUCUGAGAGAGGUUAAAGUGACAGAGGAUCAGUUUCUCAUUAAUGGCAAACCCUUUUACUUUCAUGGUGUCAGCAAGCAUGAAGACUGGGAUAUACUUGGUAAAGGCAUAAACGAUGCUCUUCUCAUGAAGGACAUUAAUUUACUUAAGUGGAUGAAUGUGGCUGCUUUCAGGACCAGUCAUUAUCCUUAUGCUGAAGAAAUGCUUGACCUCUGUGACAAGGAAGGGAUUGUAGUCAUUGGAGAAAGCCCUGCAGUUGGAUUACAAUUAGAAGAUAAUUUUGCUAAUGUGACUCUACACCAUCAUCUUGAGGUAAUGAGAGAAAUGAUUACUAGAGAUAAGAACCAUCCAUCAGUUGUGAUGUGGUCAAUAGCCAAUGAGCCUCAUUCUGACCUUCCGGUUGCUGAGAAUUAUUUCAAAACUGUAGCCUUUACCACACGUGACCUGGAUCCAUCAAGACCAAUCACUUUUGCCUGCAAUCAAGCUUACUAUUCUGAUAAAGCUAACCAGUUCAUGGAUGUCAUAAUGUUGAACAGAUAUUUUAAUUGGUAUGAUAAUAAUGGAAGAGCUGACACAGCUGCUGAUCCAAUGCGCUAUGAGUUACAACAAUGGAGAGAAGUGCAUAAGAAGCCAAUCAUGAUAUCGGAGUAUGGAGCUGGAGCAAUCGCUGGAUUCCACAAGGACCCUCCAGUCAUGUGGACUGAAGAGUUUCAGUUGAGUGCAAUAAUGGAUUACUGGCCGGUUUUUGACGAGUUCCGAAAAACUUUCUUCAUCGGAGAAUUGAUAUGGAACUUUGCCGAUUUUCAAACAGCUCAGGCUGCUGGUAGAGUUGAUGGUAAUCGUAAAGGACUCCUCACUCGUGAGAGACAGCCUAAACUAGCUGCACAUGCUGUCAAGCAACGUUAUCUGUCUUUAUGGCAAGGAAAUUAGAAAGUACUGAAAAAAAAAAUCAAAACUCCUAUUGUUAUCAUGUUUCUUGUUUUUGUUUCUUAUAUAUAUCUAAGUAAGUAAAAA